UAUUGACAAUUUGACAUAAACAAAUUUCUUUUUCUUGAGCUUUUACAAAUUUCAAUCCAUCUAUAAUCCAUAUUGCAUUAGAAGAAUUUAGGGAUCUUCAAAUAUUAUUUGGAAGACCCCAUAUAAUUUCUUUGCAAUACAUGUCUAUCAUCAAAGGUGAUAUGAUCAGAACUUACAAAUAAGAUAAAUUUUUUGAAAAAUAUUGUAGUGCAAUGAUAAAGGUGACUCAAAAAUUACCGUGAGGCGAAAUUCUUCGAGGAAAAAAAGUGAAAGAUGAGGAUAAUUAUGUGUUUCAUAGUUUUGGUCAUGGCAAGACAAGUGAAUAGCUUUGUGGGCAUUACAUGGGGAAGGGCACAAUCACAACAAUUAGUUCCAUCAAUGGUUGUUGAUUUGCUUUUACAACAUAAUAUUUCAGAUUUGAGAUUAAUGACUUCCGGAUAUGAUAUUAUUGAAAUUUUUGCAGCUACUAAUAUUACAAUUAGUGUUACUUUGGGAAAUCAGUAUGUGUGGCAAGCAAAUAGGAAAGACCUUGCAUUUAAUUGGGUAAAUGAAAGAAUCAAGAGUCCAAUCAACAAAGGUGUAAAAUUAAAAGAAAUAGCUAUUGGGGCUGAACCAUUUUCGAAUACGUUCUUGAAAGAAGCAAGGAAUGGGAAAGUGGUGAGUGUGUUAUAACUCAUACGAGAAGUCCUUGAUGAGGUUGGUUUAAGGGAUGUUAAAACCACGACUACCCAUGGCAUGGACGUGUUAAAGUUCGCGAAAGUCCCCUCAGAUGCAGACUUUCGCGAUGAUAUAAAAGAACCCAUGCUCGAAUCCCUAGAAGAGUUUAAUCAGACCGGGGCCUCAUUUGUUCUCUGCAUGUUCCCAAUCUAUUUCGUUAAAGACGUAAUGAAUUACACAAAUAUUGAAUUCGCUUUUUGUGAUAACGAUAGUGGGUUGGAGGUACAAGAUGGUAAUGUUACAUAUACGAAUGUGGUGGAGUUAAUGAUAGAUUCUGUUGCAUGGGCAAUAAAGAAAGCGGGAUAUGCGAAUAUGAAAAUUGUGAUUGGUGAAAUUGGAUGGCCUACAGAUGGAUAUCUACAUGCAAAUAUUAAAAAUGCAGAGAGAUUUCAUAAGGGGUUAUUGAAAUUUAUAGCAUCAGAAAAAGGGACACCACUUAGGCCAGGGUCUAUUGACAUAUAUCUUCACAGUUUGUCAGAUGAGAAUAAGUUUGGACACAAAAGUGGUGCAUUUCAAAGGCAUUGGGGGAUUUAUGAGGCAGAUGGAAAUCCAAAGUACAAAAUUGAUUUCUCAUUACAGGACCGCGACUUGUAUCCUACACAAGCUAAGGGCAUUGUGAAAAUGCCAAAUCGAUGGUGUGUGUUUAAUAGAGAUAGAUCAAACAUGACUUUGGUGAAUAAGAAUUAUGAAUUAGCAUGCAAAAUUGCAGAUUGUACACCAUUGGAAAAAGGGGCUUCAUGUGAUAAACUAAGUUUUCAGUCCAAAAUUUCUUAUGCUUUUAAUGCAUAUUUCCAAAAAUACAAACAAGACAUAAAAUUUUGUGAUUUUAAUGGUUUUGGUAAAAUUGUAACAACAAAUCCCUCUGUUGAAAAUUCUGAGUUUCCCAUUGAGAUAUUGGCAUUUCAAGAUCAACCGGAUAAAAAUGGUAUGAUUUUAAGAGUUUGAAGAACAAAAAUAGAAAUGGAAUAGUAUUUUUACGCUAUCAAGUUAUCUAUACUCGUUAUAGUUGGUAGAUCUCGUAUUUUAAAGAGGUUUACUUGUAGAUAUCUUUGGAUAAUCUGGUGAUGUAACAUUAUUUUAGACUGAUAAUCUAUAGGACUUAAACUCCAUUUGAGUUUAGGUCAAAGUUUUUCCUCUACCACAAAGCAAAGGCAUUGAAUUUAUUCCUUUAAUGAGUUUAAAGAACAUGUUUUUGAUCAAUGUAUUAUUCCCUUUAUUAAUGAAAGGUUGUUGCUCUUUAA